AUCUUUCCUGCCUUGUCUAAGUCCUCUCAGGCCAGCCUUGGUUAGGGGCUCCUGGGAUUCGCUCUUUGCCCUUCCCGCCUUAGGGUGUCCUCUGAGACAGACUCUUAUUCCCUCAAUAAGGAGACAGACUCUUACUCCCUCAGCGGCCAAACCCUCGCCUCCCCUCAGCCGUAGCCACCUCAGUGGCCACCAUCUUCACCGCGGUCACCUCAGCCUGCUCGCCACCCCAGUUGAGGUACUGACUGGUGUCAUGUCUGCCACAGGGGACCGACACCCAACCGAAGGGGACCAGGAGGCCCCGGUAAGCCAGGAGGGAGCGCAGGCCGAGGCGGCCGGAGCUGGUAACCCGGAGGGCGGCGACUCUGGCCCGGACAGUACAGACAUGGUGCCUGCGACCGAGGUGGUCGGAGUCGCAGGGCCCAUGGAAGGCCUCGGGGAGGAGGAGGGUGAGCAGGCGGCAGGCCUGGCCACAGUCCCCGGGGGCGGGAGCGCCGAGGAGGACCCGGACAUCGGGCCCGCGGCGGAGGAAGAGGAGGAGGAGGAGGAGGAGGAAGAGAGGAACGAGGCGGGCAACCUCGACCUGGCGGCGAUCAUCCGUCGCUACCCCGUGGCGGGCAUGAACUUUUUGUUACUGGAUACGCUCCACUCCCUUCUCCGCCGCCUCUAUCACAACGACCACAUGGUGAUAGCGACCCGUCACCACAGGCGCCUGCACUUGGGGCCCCGCGCUGCUGCACCCAACCGCAGGGGCCAGCCCUCCCUGCUGCUGGCGCUCCAGAGGCUGGGCGCGGGGGCCGCAGCCCUGGAAGGCCAGGGCCUGGGCCUGAUCCAGGGGGCCGCGUCGGUCCCAGAGCCUGCGGUGCCAGGCGACCUGGCCGAGAUGGCC